AGAAUCCGAGCUAGAGUCCCUUCUUGGCUUAUCAACCACAAGUCUUCCUCUUUUGGAUCAAAGCUCCACCAAGCGGAUUUGCGGGUUCCUAAGCAACAAAAACCACACCACCAAAACAGACCCUUUGCACCAAACCCAUUCCAAAAUGAAGCACAUCGCAGCUUACUUGCUCCUCCAACUCGGUGGAAAGGCCAGCCCUUCGGCUGCCGACAUCACCUCACUGCUCGACACCGUCGGCAUCGAGGCUGACUCUGAGCGCCUCGAGAAGCUCGUCAGCGAGCUCGAGGGUAAGGACAUUGCUCAGCUCAUCACCGAGGGAGCAGAGAAGCUCUCCUCCGUCCCAUCUGGCGGAGGAGGCGGUGCUGCCCCAGCUGCUGCCGCCGCUGCUGGCGGUGGAGGCGCAGCAGCUGCAGAGGCUCCCGCUGAGGAGAAGAAGAAGGAAGAGGAGAAGGAGGAGUCCGAUGAUGACAUGGGCUUUGGUCUUUUCGACUAAGCUUGUCACCGUCUUGCCUCGCUUUGACGUCUUACGCCCACAAGCUUCUACAUUGUAUGCAUCAUGCGCCCCAGCAG